GCCUUGGCUUUUCCUUUAUCUCAACUCUCCCUCUCUAGCUUUAAAAAGAUUUCCUUCACUUUUGGCUCCUCAAAAAUUUAACUACUCCUACUCCCUGCAUGCAAUAAUGGCUAUUGAUUGUAUGAUCACAAAUGGAAAAUCACCCAUGCUAGAUGAGAAAAAAACAUUGAUUUUUGAUGCAUCCCAUAUGAAACGUGAGUCUAACAUUCCCACACAAUUCAUAUGGCCCGACCACGAGAAGCCUUGUGCCGUAGCACAACAACUUGCCGUACCCCUUAUUGAUUUAAGAGGUUUCCUUUCUGGUGACUCCGACGCGGCCCAACAAGCAUCUAAACUUGUUGGGGAAGCAUGCCGGAGUCACGGUUUCUUUCUUGUAGUCAACCACGGAGUUGAAGCUAAUCUCAUUUCUAAUGCACAUCGUUACAUGGACACGUUCUUUGACUUGCCACUUUCGGAAAAGCAAAAAGCUCAGAGGAAAAUUGGUGAGCAUUGUGGUUAUGCUAGUAGCUUUACCGGAAGGUUUUCGUCAAAGCUACCUUGGAAAGAAACACUCUCUUUUCGAUACUCUGCUGAGGAAAAUUCAUCUCACAUAGUUGAAGAGUAUUUUCAAAGGACAUUGGGUGAAAGUUUUAACCAUCUUGGGAAUGUUUAUCAAGAAUAUUGUAAUUCCAUGAACACACUUUCUCUUGGGAUCAUGGAACUCUUAGGGAUGAGCCUAGGUGUAGAGAAGAGCCACUUCAAAGAAUUUUUCGAAGAAAAUGACUCGAUAAUGAGACUCAACUACUAUCCACCAUGCCAGAAACCAGAGCUCACCUUAGGAACGGGGCCUCAUUGUGAUCCAACAUCAUUAACCAUUCUCCAUCAAGAUUGUGUUGGGGGACUUCAAGUUUUUGUGGACGAUGAAUGGCGUUCCAUUACUCCAACUUUCAAUGCAUUUGUGGUUAACAUAGGCGACACAUUUAUGGCACUAUCAAAUGGAAGAUACAAAAGUUGCCUGCACAGAGCAGUAGUAAACAACAAGACUCCUAGGAAAUCACUUGCUUUCUUUCUUUGUCCAAACAAAGAUAAGGUGGUGAGCCCACCAAAUGAAUUGGUGGACUCCAACAACCCUCGAAUAUAUCCCGAUUUCACAUGGCCUACACUCCUUGAAUUUACUCAAAAGCAUUAUAGAGCUGAUAUGAACACUCUUCAAACUUUCUCAAAUUGGCUUCAACACAAUACUACUGCACAACUUUAAGAUUCAAGACCUUCCAAUUUUCUUUAUAAUUAAAUAUCAUGUCUACGUCACCAUCCAAGAAAAUGAAUAUGACAAUGUACGCAAAUUGAAGGGAAUUAGUGAAAGCUUAGGGGGAAGAGGCAUGACGAAAAUUUGGAAGGUAAGAAAAAGAGGACACAUGUUCAUGAAAAGUUGAGUUAAAAAAGUAAAUAUAGAGGAGAUAGGGAAGAACAAGGAAAGGAAUAAAAGUGUUGUAUAACUUAGUUUUGUUUAUUUGACCUAUUUUAUUUUUAUUUUUAACGGCUUCCUUUUUCAAUUUCGUGUUUCAAAUCUUUGAGGAAUCCCUGAGCCGGGACGGCUCGAGACCAAAACGAAAAUCAAAUGCAUGUCUUAAAUUUUAACUAAUAAAUUUAUAUACUUUCUUAUGAAGUUUAUUUUUCUAGAGCAAGUU